AUGGGACCUUAUUUAUCUGCUCCUCGCACAGAAAAGCGCACCCAAAUUUCUGAAAACUCUCGCGUUCGCUAUGCAGCUUCUGACAUGCAAGGCUGGCGCAUGACAAUGGAGGAUGCGAAAAUCACAAAUAUUAACUUCGAUGCCUCAUCUGAGCUGUUUGGAGUAUAUGAUGGGCACGGUGGACAUGAAGUUGCUCAAUUCGUAACUCGGCAUUUGAGCCAGGAGCUGCUUCAAAAUGCUAAUUAUCGCCAAGGUCGUAUUGAUCUUGCACUACAAGAGACUUAUUUGCGAUUAGAUGAGCUGCAAGUCACCCAAGAUGGCAUGAAAGAACUUGUGAGGAUUUCAAAAGAUUUAUAUCUUGCUUAAUUAAAUUAGCUCAAUAUAAGUUUAUAUACAAUUAUAGAAAAUAUCAAUGAAAAAUUAUUAUCAUAGUAUACCUGAUAGCACCCCAGUUAAUGCUAAUGAUAUGAUAAUCCAAGCUGGAUGUACAGCAGUGACUGCAUUAAUUAAAGGGAAUGAACUAUACGUAGCAAAUGCAGGAGACUCUAGAUGUGUGCUGUGCAGAAAUGGACAAGCAGUAGAACUCUCUAUUGAUCAUAAGCCAGACAUGCCUGAAGAAAAAAACAGAAUUUACAGAGCAGGUGGGAACGUGGAAGAUGGGAGAGUUAUGGGAAAUUUAAACCUAAGCAGAUGCAUCGGGGAUUUAGAAUAUAAGCAAAAUCGGUCUAUUCCACCAAAAGAUCAAAUUAUAAGUGCUUACCCAGAUAUUAGAAGAGAAACCCUUACUCCUAAUGAUGAAUUUAUGGUCCUUGCAUGCGAUGGGGUGUGGGAUAUGCUUACGUCACAGCAGUGUGUGAGCUUCGUUAGAGAAAGAAUCAAUACUAAACCUUUGCAGCAAAUCAUUGAAGAAAUGCUUGAUAGAUGCCUUGCACCAAGUGUGGGGGCGAAUGCAGGGCUAGGCUGCGAUAAUAUGACUGCAAUUAUUGUUCAGUUUAAACACCCGUUAAGUUAA